CCCUCUCGCCGAGGCCAGCUCGCCCUCCUCCUUCCUUCCGAGUUUCCGACCAUCCUCCUCCCCAGGACAGCGGGCAGCCAGCAGCCUCCACGCCUCACGGAUUUCGCACACGAGAAAAAAAAGGAAAGCGAAAUCAACCAAUCUCCCCACCAUUCACGGCCUCGCCAGUCGCCAGCGCCUCCUCCUCGUCCUCGCCAGAAAUUUCCCCAUUUCCGCCCCCGCUCGCGAUCGGCGACCGCGCUCCACGAAUCCCGCCCCGGAUUCGCGACCGAGCCUUGGGCCAGCCCGGGCUCUGGUUCGCGGGCGCCGAGGGAGGGCCGUGGUGGGUCGCGCGGGGAAUGCUCUACCUCAAGCAGCCGGGCGGCGCGGACGUAGAGUUCCGGCAGGCGGCGGCGGCGGCGGCGGGGCUGUGAUCUGCCGCUGUGGUGGAUAUAUGCGAGAUUGAGCCACCACGCGCCGGGGAUUCUGCCGGCCAUGGCGGCGGCGGCGGCCGAGGCGGAGGUGGAUAGCUGCCUCCAGAGCUUCGAGCUCUACGAGGCCGAGUCGAAAUUUUAUAUUCUUGGAACUAACUCUAACAAGACAAUAUGGAGAUUACUCAAGAUUGAUAGAAUGGAGCCAUCAGAGCUUAAUGUAGAUGAGGAUUCUACUGUGCACUCACAGAGUGAUUACCUUGAUAUGCUAAAAAAUCUUGACGAAGAACACAGGUCAACUGGUGGAGUCAAAUUUGUCACCAACUGUUUUGGAAUCAUCGGUUUCAUUAAGUUCCUUGGGCCCUAUUACAUGUUAAUUAUUACUGAGCAGAGAAAGAUUGGGGAUAUAUUUGGCCAUCCGGUGUACCAAGUUACUAAGACUGCGAUGAUUGAGUUGUCAAAUUCCAAAUCGAGGCCAAAGUUAAUUAAUUCCAAGGAUGAGAACAGGUACAAGAAGCUCUUGCAGAUAAUCGAUCUUAGAAAAGACUUCUUUUUUAGUCACUCAUAUCAUAUAAUGAGAAGUCUCCAAAAGAACUUUAAUGAUCCACAAGAAGGGUGGGAACUAUAUGACACAAUGUUCGUGUGGAAUGAAUUCCUAACUCGAGGGGUUCGUGACAUUCUGAAAACUACACUCUGGACAGUUGCAUUAGUCUAUGGUUUUUUUAAGCAGGACAAAUUUGCGAUAUGUGGGAAGGAUAUUAUGCUGACGCUCAUUGCUAGACGCUCCAGGCAUUAUGCUGGCACCAGGUAUCUAAAGAGGGGUGUGAAUGAGGAGGGCAGAGUAGCAAAUGAUGUUGAGACUGAGCAAAUUGUUUAUGAAAACAUGCUUGGACCAUGGCAAAUAAGCUCUGUUGUGCAGAACAGGGGUUCAAUUCCACUAUUCUGGUCCCAGGAGACAUCAAAGCUGAAUCUUAAGCCUGAUAUCAUAUUGCAUGAAAAGGACAAAAAUUAUGAGGCUACCAGGCUUCAUUUUGAAAAUCUUAGGAAGAGAUAUGGAAAUCCUAUCAUCAUCUUAAACUUGAUUAAGACACUUGAGAAGAGACCACGUGAAAUCAUACUCCGUUGGGAAUUUGACAGAGCAAUAAAGAUUAUUAAUAGUGGUCUACCAGGUGAAGAUCAUUUAAGAUUUUUACAUUGGGAUCUUCAUAAGAACUCUCAAAGCAAAAGUACAAAUGCCCUUCAAGUGCUUUUGAAAGUGGCAUUUGAAGCUUUGAACAUGACAGAAUUCUUUUAUUGUCAAGUUUCCCCAGAUCAAAGGGCAAAGGGCUCCCCUAAUUUAAGCCCUACAUUGAAAAUUGGUUUUGGUCAUCAUGCGUGUGAUGACAAAAAUUGUGGCAAUGCAGAUUAUGUUGAUGAUCUUGAUGACAUUUCCCAAGAAGAUACCUGUGGUAGUUCUGAUCCUGGCAAUGGAAUUGCGGAAGAUAAAUUUGAGGUCAAUGGAUCUGCUCAAAUAAAGCGUCCAAAAUUUCAAAAGGGUGUCUUACGUACAAACUGUAUAGAUUGUUUGGAUCGCACAAAUGUUGCUCAAUAUGCCUAUGGCCUAGCUGCUUUAGGACACCAGUUACAUGCACUUGGUUCUGUAGAAUCUCCAGAAGUUCAUCUAGACUCUCCUUUGUCUCGACAUUUGAUGCAUUUUUAUGAACGCAUGGGUGACACACUUGCUUUACAGUAUGGUGGUUCGGCUGCUCACAAUAAGAUAUUCUCUGCGAAAAGAGGGCACUUGAAGUUUGCCAUUCAAUCUCAAGAGUUCUUUAGGACACUGCAACGGUACUACAGUAAUGCAUAUAUGGAUGCUUACAAACAAGCUGCGAUAAACUUAUUUUUAGGAUACUUCCAGCCACAGGUGGGAAAACCUGCACUUUGGGAGCCAGAAUCUGGUGAUGAGCAUGUACUUGAUGACGAGACAUGUAAAUUGAUGAAGAGGGCAAGAUCAGAUGGCAGCAUUCUUAAUAAAAGCAAACUAUCAAUAUCCAGUAAUGGCCCAAAUGGAAUUUUAAAGUUAGCAUUUACUGGUUCAAAAAAUGAAGGGCAGCGUCCAAACCGGAGUUCUGAUACAGCCUGUGACAAUGGCAUGUCAAAGUCAAGGUAUACUCCGACACUGUCUCACAUUAAGCAUAUAAGCUGUGAACUAGACUAUUACAAUGGUUCUGGUGAUUCAAAUUUCUUGGAUCUUGACUGGCUUACAGCUUCAGACAAUGAAAGGUCAAAAGCCAUAAGCACUCCUGAUGUGAAUAUUUCAACUGAUAGUGGUGUUCGUGAUGUAAUAUCUGGGACAACGGACGAUCAAGCUUCUGGGAUCCACGCCCAGGGGUUUUCAAAGGAUUUCGUGCAGUGGCUCAAUCAAGGAGAGGCGUUUUGGUACUGACAUCGCAAGGUGGGCUUACCAUGUAAAACCAAGCCACACGAUGGUUGCACUUGCAACCCAAACCUGGUUCCAAAAGCAUCAUAACUCUCAAAGACCAUUGCAAGCAAGGAGGGCACCAUCGACGUGCACGAGAUUUGCUUGUCAACCAUCAGCAUUCUCCUCGCGGCCAAAUAUGAUGACGGGGCUUAGAGUCGCACACACUGUUAGCAGACUUGUCUAGGGAAGUGUACCAUUCUGUUCAUUGAUUGGAGCUUGCUCACCAGGCGGGUAGAUAGCGCAUCGCUGUUGUUCUUCUUUAAAAAAAAAGGAAAGAAAGAAGGUGGUAGGUAGUAGUAUAUUCUUUUGAAGAUGUACCAUUGUCCAGACAUCAUCGUCUCCAUCUCCAUUGUGUAAAUAUAUAUGUAUGUCCCAGGUGCUCCCACCUUUCGCUUCGCCGUUGUGAGAGUUGAGGUGGGCAAAAAAGCAUCAUUUUCCCCCCUCGGUUGGGGGUCUUUCCCUUC